CGCGUUAUCUCUUCCUUUGCUUCUUCCGCUUCACGCCCAGCCAGAAUUUCAAGCACCGCGAGCAAGCUUCCUCUCCCACGCGCGGAGGAGCAGAGCCAUGCCCUGCGCUCGUCGUGCGGCUCCCUGGCACGCGCCCAGGAUCUCCUCCCUCCGAGCUCGCCCAUGGCCGAGCUUGGGCCGCGCCCUCCCUGCUCCUUCAGUUCGCCGUGUCCCCGCUCGCCGCGGAUUCCUCCCUGCUCGGCGCUCGGACUGCGAUCUCCCCUGCAGCUGCUCGCCGGCGCCGAGGCCUCUGUUCCCUCUGCCCUGCUCGUAGAGCUCCCUUCCAUGGCGUGCCGUGAAGUCCCCUGGUGUUUCCCCGCCGCGCUCUGCUCGGAUUCCUGCUGACCAUGGCGCCCUGCUCUGUUCGCCCUCCCAUCUUCUCUGCUCCCUGCACGGCUCUUCCUUCUCUGGUGCCGCGCCCCUGCUACUCCCUUGUUCCUAUGGCGGCGCCGGUCGGAUCUCCCAGCUCCUCUGCGCGCGUCGCCCCGGCUCCUCGCCUCAUCCAUGGCCGAGCGCCCUCUGUCCAGCUUGUCGAAGCUCCUCUGCCGGCUGCAAGCUCCUGCUCAAGCUCGCCCUCGGCGCUCGCCCCUGAUUUCUGCGCUCAGCUCCUCUCCCAUGGCCGCGUCGCGCGUUCUGGGGUUCACCGCGUCCAGCCUGCCUGCGCUCCUUUGGCCGGACAGCCCCAGCUCUCCAUCGCGGCGCACAGCUUCUUCCCCAACUGCGCCCUGCCCUCUGUUCUGCUCUGCUCGGCCGCGCUUUCUGCUCGCCGCGCGCCCUGGCGUUUGCCGUGGCCAUCGCACCGAGCUCUUCGCUAUUGUCCGUGCGCGUCGAGCUCCAGAGCCGAAUCCAGCCCCAUGUUAACGCGUCCCUGUUUCAGCUUACCGUGCGGCGUCGUCAUCAUUUCCUAUCGCGAGCUCGAUCCCCGUUGUCGUCGGGCUUCGCGUGUGCUCGUGUUUGUCGUCGAGCUUCGCCUUGUUCGUUGUCGUUCGUCGCCGCGUCGUGUGUGUUCGUCCUCGCCAAAAUUUGGCCCUACGAGCUCCACGCGUUUUGGCGGCGCUCGCCGUGUCCUCCAUAAAUAUUUUCGCCUAGCCGCACGGACCUCGCCGAUGUCUUGGUCGUCGAUGCCACGCAACCAUCCACGCGUGGUUGUCUUCACGAACACCGUUUCACACUAUCACCCUAUCUUCACCGUCCGUAGUGUCAUCGUUGUGAUGUCUUAGCUACAACACCAGCGCCCUCGACCGUAUCCAAAGCUCUAUAUUGGAUUCGUCAGCGUGCUACUCGUCCGCUGGCUCCUUGACGUUCUCGAUUCCGUCGUCAUUCCGUGCGUCGUCAAGAAAUCCCAAGAGUCGGGUGAAGAUGGAGCCAACAACAUAGUGUUCACCAAGUGCACGGCAGGAAGCUCGAGCCAGGAUUUAUCAGCAUUCGUACGAGUAUUGAGUAGCGUUUGAUGCUGGUGAGCCGAUUUAUAAUUUUUGUAAGUUUAUCUGAUGAUUGGAUUAACUAGAAUUAUUAGUCGU